CCAUCAAUAACAUUGCCAACUUUCCAUCAAAGGAAAGAAAAUAAUCUUAAAAUCACAUCGACAUUAUUGACAGGGAUAGCACGUGGACAGCUUAUACUAAGAUCAAACAAACUCGCUCUAAUUCAUCGUAUGAAAAGAGUGGUACGACUGCUAUUGAAGCACCAAUCCCUGAGCAGAAACCGAUAUGGUGAAUGCUAUGAUCUCAACGCUUUUUCUGGUGGUGGUGCACUUCGGCGGCGCCGCCGUCGAGGGCUACGGGCGAGCUGAUUUCCCGGCGGACUUUGUUUUCGGCUCUGGAACCGCCGCGUAUCAGUACGAGGGAGCGGCCUUUGAGGAUGGAAGAACUCCUAGCUUUUGGGACACUUUCGCUCACUCUGGUGGCACAGAAGGUGCCAAUGGAGACGUUGCAUGCGAUGGAUAUCACAAGUACAAGGAGGAUGUAAAAUUGAUGUCUGAGAUGGGAUUGGAAGCUUUUAGAUUCUCCAUAUCAUGGUCUAGGCUAAUCCCCGCUGGAAGAGGACCUCUUAAUCCAAAGGGACUGCAAUACUACAAUAAUCUCAUCAACCAACUUAUAAACAAUGGAAUAGAGCCACAUGUAACUCUGUAUCACAUAGAUCUUCCACAAAUUCUUGAAGAUGAGUAUGGCGGAUGGCUUAGUACAAAAGUUGUGGACGACUUCAGAGCCUACGCUGAAGUCUGUUUUAGGGAAUUCGGAGACAGGGUUCGUCACUGGACUACAGUAAACGAGGCCAACAUUUUCACCAUGGGCGGUUAUGUGCAAGGAACUAGCCCACCAGGGCGCUGCUCGUCCUGUUCCAAGGGCAACUCCUCAACCGAACCUUAUGUUGUCGGCCACAACAUCUUGUUGGCUCAUUCAGCUGCUGCGCGUCUCUACAAGGAAAAAUACAAGGCUGCUCAGAAAGGUUAUGUGGGAUUUAACAUCUACGUAUUGUGGCCAGUUCCUUACACAGAUAGUAGAGAAGAUAUAGCUGCAGCUCAAAGAGUCAAGGACUUCCUCAUUGGUUGGAUGAUCGACCCUCUGGUGUUGGGAGACUACCCCGAGGUGGUUAAGAAGAACGUGGGAGCAAGGCUCCCAGCCUUCAGCGCAGACGAGGUGGAGCGUGUAAAGGGGUCGUCUGACUUCAUAGGGUUGAACCAUUACUACACAAUAUUAGCCAAGGACAAUCCCAGCAUCCUAAGCCUUCAGGGUGGUUUGUUGACUGAUAUGGCAGCAGAUAUGAUUUAUGUGCAGGGCGACGCACCGCCUGAUCAGUAUCCCACGACGCCUUCGGGGCUUUACCACACGCUGGAGUAUAUGAAACAAGCUUAUGGCAAUCCUCCUGUUUAUAUCCAUGAAAACGGUCAAAAGACACGGCGCAAUGGAACGUUGUUGGACACACCUCGAGUCGAAUAUUUGCGUGCUUUCAUCUCUAGUGUACUUGAUGCUCUCAGGAAUGGAUCGAAUACGAAGGGGUAUUUCGAAUGGACAUUCUUAGAUUGUUUUGAAUUAUUGGAUGGUUAUAACUCCAGCUUCGGCCUUUACUAUGUUGAUUUGGAUGACAAAGAUUUGAAGAGAUAUCCCAAAUUCUCAGCACAUUGGUAUUCUCAUUUCAUCAACACUGGGAACACUCUCCUCUUUCAAAAAUAAUCUACUGUCUACUACUUUGGGCAUAUAUUUAUUGUAUUCUAAAUCUUGUGAUAUUAUAAGGUAUCAAUAAAAAAAGUUUCUUCAAGUAA